AUGCCUUCGCUCCUCCAUCGCCCCCUCCUCGUCCACAGCUCCCUCCCUGGCUUCCGCCCGGUGACAAUGGCGGCGCUACCCAGGGGUCUGAAACGAGUCGCGGUCAUCGGGGCUGGCCCCGCAGGUCUCGCGUCCGCCAAAUACCUCCUCGAGGCAGGCCUUCAACCCACUCUGUUUGAGAAGGCCGGUUCUAUCGGCGGACUGUGGAGGCAGGGCAUUCCAAGCGAGGGUGGCGAGGCAAUUGAAGAAGAAUCUUGUUCGAAACCAGCCGCCAGGGCAUCAGAUGGAGCGCCUGCGUGCUGGGCAGGCAUGAUGACAAACCUAUCGCGCUUCACCUGCAGUUUCUCCGACCAUCCGUGGGCCGACGAUGCGCCGCUCUUCCCGUCGCAAGCUCAACCUCAAGCGCUGCGCCUGAACGCGCGUGUCUCCCGCGUCGCGUUGCUGGACGACGGAAAGUGGAGUGUCCAGGUGGAUCAAGACGGCCGGCAGCAAAACCCAGAGGUGUUCGAUUCCCUGGUAGUCGCGUCGGGGUUCUUCGAAAAGGCGCACAUCCCUAACAUGCCAGGGGCUGAUGCAGCAGCAGCAGCGGGAGUCCUGAUCCACAGCGCCGACUGCAGGAGUAGCGACGCCUUCGCGGGGAAGAAGGUUGUCGUCGUCGGUGCUUCCUUCAGCGGCGUCGACAUCGCUGCUGACGUGGCAUCGAAAGCUUCUGAGGUCAUCCACGUCAUCACCAAGCCCUUCUGGCUGCUGCCACGCUUCCUUCCAGCCGACCCCUCGGACCCAGCCUCGCCCUUCCUACCGCUCGACUUGUGCUUCUAUCGACGGGCCUCGCGACCUUCGCCGUCUCUCGUCACGUUGCGCAGUGAGGAGGCGCGGUGUGCUGCCAACAAGUACAUGCGCGCUCUGUGCGGUGAUCAGGGUAAGCUCCUGUGCCCGGAGCUGGGCGUGAGCAGCAGCGACAGCGAGCACCCGUUCGUUGCCAUCGCAGACAGGUACGGGCCGAUGGUGCAGCAGGGGCUCAUCCGCGUGCUGCCCGGCAGAGUGCAGGGCGUGUCGCUGCACCCGCAUUCCCACAGCACAGCUGCACAGGCCUCUGUGACUCUCCAAGGCACGGAUGAGCGCAUCGACGGUGUGGAUGCAGUCAUCUGCUGCACUGGUUACAGCCCCGCUCUGCGCUUCCUCCCAAAUGAUCUGAAACAGCAGAUCGGCUUCGACUCGUCGGACCUCUUCUCGCCGCUGCUGCUGCACCGCUGCACCUUCCACCCGUCGCUCCCCAGCGCCGCCAUGGUGGGCAUGUACCGCGGGCCCUACUUUGGCGCCAUGGAGCUCCAGGCUCGCUGGGCCGCAGCCACGCUGUCCGGCGCCCUCCCGCCCGUUCCAACCAGCACCCUACAGGAGGGCAUCGAGGAGGCGAGGGAAGUGCGGGAGCAGCAGCCGAGACCGCAGUUCCCUGUGUGGGACUAUGUGAGCAUGUGCAACUCGCUCUCUGAGGCGCUCGGGUGCGCGCUGCCCACAGACCCCGAGUGGAUGAGAGCACACGACAUGGUCGUACCCGCACACUACUGCACCCUCACCAGUGCACCGUCUGUCGCUGCCGCUGAGGUUGCCAUGGCGCAGUUGACGCGUGCUUGUGGCGAGCUGGAGGGCGGGAGCUAA